CCCCUUCAAAUAUACAACCAACCCACCAGAAACCCACCACACACUAAAAAAAAAACACCGACCAUAAUGACUCCGUCACCUCCCUCAUCACCAGAAGCAACAGCAACAACAUUGCCAAACCCCGCCUCCGGGACAUCGACAUCAAAACCGCAAUCCAAACUAGUCACCUCUCCCCGCCGCCUCCUCAUCCUCACUCCGACCUCGCACUCCCUCACCACUAUCCCUCCCCUCUUGCAUACAUUAACGGGCGUCGCGGUUAAAGAUCCUCCUUCCGCGACUACGACCGUGGCUGCGACUACAACCGAGUCUGAAGACGCGCCUGCGACGACGACGUUCGCGGGGUAUACGACACACACCCCCCUCACGAUCGAGAAUAAGUAUUACAAAGCAGAGGUGCCGAUAUGGGUUGAUGAGAUUCCGACGUCGUCUACGGAUGCGAAUACAAAUAUUGGAACAGAGGCGAAGACAGAAACGGAAGUGAAAGGAACAGGAGCAGCGCAAUGGAAAACUGAAUUCUCAGGCGCUGAGGCGCGGGUCGUGCGUGAUGCGAUUGGGGGUGUCGUUAUCUGUUUGAAGAACCCGCGGCCGCAUGCUAUUGGCGGGGAUACUAGUGAGGAGGGUGAGCGGGAGGAUGUACAAGCGCUCAAAGACUUCCUACGGUGUAUCGGGGAUGUCAAGAAAUUAAUCGAGGGUGAGAGAAGUGGUGAUGGCGACGGUGAUGGUGAAGGUGCGGGAAUUGGGUUUGGGGAGGUGCUGGGGUUGAUUAUUCUCGUUGAGGAUAGGAAUAAGAAUAAGAAUACGAAGUCUAAGAAGAAAGGAGGCAGUGAUAUCGAGGAUGACGGAGGGCUAGAAGAGACGGAGGAACCGUUUUCUAUUUCCUGGUGGGAAGAACAGCUUGAUGAUAUCGGGCUGAUGGAUUUUGAUAUUGCGAGUUGGGAUCCUAGUGCGCCGGACACGGAUAUUAGGGAUAAAUAUGGCGAAUAUCAAGGAAUGCGUCGAAUUCGCCAAAUCAUCGAAACUCACGAUUGGGCCUCUGAUGAUCAAUCCGCAGAUGCAGAUGCAGAUUUAGGUUUUGACGAUGACCUCGAAGAACAACUCUUAAGCUUUGAAAAGAGUAGCAGUGGGUUCAAUCUCGAGGUCAACGAGCUGGAGCGGGAGAUGUUUGGCUUGCGCAUGGCAAUUGAACGGGGUGGUGAUGAUGGAGAGGAGUUUGGCGAUUUUGAAGGUGAUGACGAUGGUGACAUUAAGGUUGAGUCAAUGGAGGCGUUGAUGUUACGGAUGCAGGCUAUUAAAGAUAUGAGCGCCGAUUUACCGGAAAGCGAACGGAAGAAGUUUGCGGCCAAGGCGGUUCGGGAUAUCAUGAAAGAAAUGUAAUCAUAGGUAUAGAUACUAUAGACUAAUAUCUACAUAUAUACAACCAUAU